AUGCAGAUCUUCGUUAAGACGCUGACUGGCAAGACCAUCACCUUGGAGGUGGAGUCUUCCGACACCAUCGACAAUGUCAAGUCCAAGAUCCAGGACAAGGAGGGCAUCCCCCCCGACCAGCAACGCUUGAUUUUCGCUGGAAAACAACUUGAGGAUGGUCGUACUCUGUCCGACUACAACAUUCAGAAGGAGAGUACCCUCCAUCUUGUGCUCCGUUUGCGAGGUGGCAUGCAGAUCUUCGUCAAAACCCUCACCGGCAAGACCAUCACAUUGGAGGUGGAGUCAUCUGACACUAUCGACAAUGUUAAGUCAAAGAUCCAGGACAAGGAGGGCAUCCCUCCGGACCAACAGCGCUUGAUCUUCGCCGGCAAGCAGCUUGAAGACGGACGAACCCUUUCCGACUACAACAUUCAGAAGGAGAGCACUCUCCACCUUGUGUUGCGCCUCCGUGGUGGUAUGCAGAUCUUCGUCAAGACACUGACCGGAAAGACCAUCACAUUAGAAGUCGAGUCCUCAGAUACUAUCGACAACGUAAAGAGCAAGAUUCAGGAUAAGGAAGGUAUCCCCCCGGACCAGCAGCGACUUAUCUUCGCUGGCAAACAGCUCGAAGACGGCCGGACUUUGAGUGAUUACAACAUCCAGAAGGAGUCAACUCUGCACUUGGUUCUUCGUCUACGUGGUGGUAUGCAGAUCUUCGUCAAGACAUUGACAGGAAAGACCAUCACAUUGGAAGUGGAAUCAUCGGAUACUAUUGAUAACGUGAAGAGCAAGAUCCAGGACAAAGAGGGUAUCCCUCCGGAUCAGCAGCGUCUCAUCUUCGCUGGUAAGCAGUUGGAAGAUGGCCGCACUCUGAGCGAUUAUAACAUCCAGAAGGAGUCUACUCUCCACCUGGUCCUCCGUCUCCGUGGCGGUCAGUAG